AUGAGCUUCGAUCCCCUUCGCCCUCGGGGCCGACCAGCCCACACCCCAGGAACGACGGUGCUGGCCUACACCCCCGAUGGACGACGCGUUAUCACUGGUGGCUCAAACUCGGCUAUUCGAAUCUACACUGUCGACCAGGAUGGAGAGCCCAAGACGGUUGAUGGGAGCAUUGAUGGACAUUUCGCGAUCGGUGCCACGAAUGAAACGCUUCUGCUGGGUGCCGAGGAUGGAACUGUCUGGUCCUACGAUGCGGUCUCGGGGAAAAUGGGAGGCCUGCUUGUUCGAUGCGCUUUGCCAGUGAGAGACAUUGCCGUGUCUCGUGAUGGCGUGUGGGCUGCAGUUGCAAGCGACGAACUUACGGUCAAGGUCGUCAAAAUCGAGGACAUGACACAGGUCAAAUACCUGCGGGAACAAGGAAAGGGAACAAAGCACGUCACAUUUGACCCCAAUGGGCGUUACGUGGCAGUCUCAGGGACAGAUGGUAUUCUAUAUGUCUACUCAUUGACCAACGAGGAACCAGAGGUGGUCCGCAAACUCGAUGGAGUCAUCCGAAAGCUCGAGCCGGAUGCGGAGGCGACAGCCAAGGCUGUCUGGCACCCAGACGGCACCGCAUUCGCAGUUGCAGAGGCCACCAGAGAUAUCUCAAUCUACUCGAUCUCGGAAUGGAAGAAGGAGAAGAGCUUUGCGGGUGGUCAUAGUGGGGACAUUACCUCGCUGAGCUGGUCCCCCAAUGGAACUAUGCUCGUAUCUGCAGGAGCUGAUGGGAGGAUUGUGCUUUGGGAAACGAAAACGCAAAGGAUCAUCCAGCGCUAUGAGUUUGGAAACGUGCUUAACCUCGCCUGGCACCCUACCAAGAACUCUCUCUCGUUCACUACCUCGGAUGGAGAAUUGUUCAUCUACGACAAUUUUGUCCCCAAGGACCACGAGUCCCAAUUGCAGAAGCCGCUCCAGGCUGCGCCUAUAUUCCCGGGACCUUUGACCGAGAUCUCCAACAAUCUGCCACGGACAUUGGCGGAGCGUUCUAAAGAAUCUUUUCAGAGACCAGUACGGGCAGGCUCGCCCGACUCGCUCGAUGAUAUCCUGGGCGAGGAUGAGGAUAUGCGUGAUUUCGUCGACGAUGACGAUGGAGCCGGCUAUGCGGAGGAGCUCAAUUUGUUCGGCAAGCGACCAAAUGGUUAUCUUGAUGAGCUAGACGGGCCCGACAACAAACGUGUUUACACAACUCCCUUGCCACCCAAGGCUCAUCCACCACUUCAGCCAGGCAGUACGCCGUGGGCUGGCAACAGAAGAUAUCUGUGCUUGAACCUGACGGGUGCCGUCUGGACUGUCGACCAAGAAACACAUCACACUGUGACCGUAGAGUUCUAUGAUCGAGAGCUCCAUCGGGACUUCCAUUUCACCGACCCAUAUCAAUAUGACAAGGCGUGUCUUAAUGAGAACGGCACUCUUUUCUCCAACAACCCAUCUGAUGGUAGCCCUGCAACAAUCUUCUAUCGGCCACAUGAGACAUGGACUGCACGAGCAGAUUGGCGAACACAAUUGCCCGAGGGAGAGAUGGUUCGAGCUCUGGCUCUGAGUGAGUCCUAUAUCGUUGCAGUGACAACAAAGGACUACGUGCGCGUAUAUACUCUAUUUGGCACUCCCUUCCGAGUGUACCGACAGAAGAGUCAAGCUGUGACCUGCGCUGCUUGGCGAGACUACAUCAUGACCAUCGGAAAUGGACCUAUCGGAGCUGAUGGUCGACAUGCAACCUUGCAAUACACUGUUGAAAAUGUCAAGCGUGACGAGAUCUGCCAAAAUGAGGAUGUCGUUGCCCUGCCCACGGGAGCGCAGCUGCAAAGUGUUUUCUUCUCGGACACAGGAGACCCGUGCAUUUACGACUCGACCGGUGUCCUGGUCGUGCUUCAGCACUGGCGCACGCCCGGCCAAGCCAGAUGGGUACCUCUCCUAGACACCAAGCAGCUCUCUCGUCUUGCAGGCGGUCGCAAAGAAGAAACCUACUGGCCCGUUGCCGUCGCGCAACAAAAAUUCCACUGUAUCAUUCUCAAGGGUGGCGACAAACACCCAUACUUCCCGCGACCACUACUCAGCGAAUUCGACUUCCAAGUCCCCGUCUCCAGCAACCCGCCGAAAGACCCCGACCACGAAGAUGCAGCCAACGAUGGCUCACGGUUCGAAGAAAGCUUCGUUCGUGGAAACAUCCUUCUCUCGCUCUUCCGAGACCUCAUUUCCUCUACGAAUGCCACCGCUAGCCAACGUGCCGAGUUGGCGCGCAAAGAACUGGAGAUUGACAAGACUCUUCUUCAGAUGCUGGCCGUCGAAUGCAGAGAAGGCGAAGAGCGUGGUAUGAAGGCACUUGAACUGGUGACUAUGAUGAAUGAUCGUAAUGGCAAGAUGAUGGAGGCGGCCGCCAAAGUUGCACAGCGCUAUGGCCGAGGUGUUUUGGAAGAUAAGAUCCGUGAUAUGGCGGAGCGACGAAUAAUGGGUAUGGGUGAUGACGAUGAACUGGCUUGA